ACUAGCUCAUCUUCAUGAAACUUUACGUUGCGUGCGUCUAUUUAAUGACGAUGGAUGUAGAAAGCUCGAUCUUCAAAUCACUUCGAGAGGAUUAUCAAAAGCGAUAUCUUUAUAUCGCAUAUUUAAUCAGAUGUCGUCAGGGAUUGCUGUCGACAUUAGCUCACUUAGAUAGAUUAUGCGUGCGAGUUAAGUGCGAUCGGGAUGCUAUCAAUAAUCAUCUUGUAUCCGUUUGUGUGAGGGUAUUUUUGGAAAAAAAGAAGGCUUUCCUCCUGCGUUUCUGCGAAGAGUUUAAAAAGCUUACGCUAGCUGACGAGAAACAGGAUCUCGUGGAUAAUUUUCUAGGGAAGGUCUAUGUGGAAAUGGACAACGAUCCGAUUUGGCAAUCGGCAAGCGCCAACCAGUUAGAUUUGGCGAGAGUCGUGGUGGAAAGAACCGUCAUGGCACGGAUAUAUACCACAAUGCGCUCUAUCUAAAUAAAGAUGGAGAUGUAUAUAGGGACCAGUUUUUUCACGGUCAUAUCAAUAAGUUGGCAAAGGUUGUAACUCCAAAUCACAGGGACCUACGCGCGCAUUUCAAAAGUUUAUCAUUACGAAUGCCCCUGGUCAUGGGCGCAGGCUGAAUUGGCUGUGAUAUCGGCGUAGACUCCUAGGAAUAAGUUGCAGUGUGUAUUUCGUUGCGCGACUACCAUCAUGAAUCUCUUCUCCAUAUGGCGUCGGAAAGAGGCAUACCUGCUGCCGACUAUCUGACUCCCGUGCUGAUCUAUGUCAUAAUCAAGACUAAUCCGCCGUCGUUGUAUCGACUGUUCAAUAUGUAGACAGCUUUUACGGGAAUCGAUUGGAGGGAGAGGAACAAUAUUGGUGGACGCAGUUCUGCGCCGCGAUCGAGUUAAGACAAUGGAUUAACAGUUUCUCAAGUGUAUCACGAUAAAUAAGAUUAGAUUCGAUGCUGGUGAUAAUGUAGAAAUGUAUCAUAAUCAUAAUUUGACGAUUUCAUAAAGAAGAAGACCAAUAUCUUGUGUAAAGCUAGCUGAACAGUUUUAUAUGCUGCCAGUAUCAAUUAAAAUUCUUAAAUAGCCUCUUAAAUAGUCUAACUGUUAGUUCUUUCGCACGUUAUUAUGUAACAUUAGCAAAGACUGAAUCAGAUUAUACGUAAAGUGUGGCUUUAUCUUUAUUUGUAACUCUAUUGUAUAAUUUCACAGGACAUCGAAAAAAAAAGAAACGUUUAGAUAUUCUAUAAUUUAUGUACAAUACAGAACUUAUAGAGAAUUGAUAACCAUUUAGCAGGAUAAA